UCAAUUUUUCAUUGCAUUUGUUAGUCGGCUGGCUUGUAUUUUAUACCACCUUCGUCUGCUUAAAAGAAAUCAAAUCAAGAACCUCCAUAAGCCUAUGGAUUUCAAGAAUCCAGAACGGAGGAAUUCCUUGGGGAGAUCCAACUGAUGAGUUGAUUAGCUUGAGAAAUGGCUCUGUAUGCCUCUGUCUGGUUCCUGAUUGAGUCAACUCUCCUCCCAUAUGGGUUCCAGUGGUUUUACUUGAGCUUCUAUAUCCACUCUCUCUUUCUCAUUGCAUGCCAGAUUUUUCUCUUUCUCAAGACUCUAUUAGAUGGUGUCUUGUCUAUCAUCUUCCUUCCCUUGCUCAGGAUAGCUCUGUUUCUAGGGAGUCAUCUCCAUGGUUCAGUUAAAUGCGCUGUCUUCUAUUGUUUUCAGUCCAAUAGAGUCAAUGACUAUCAAAAAGACGGUCAAGGGAUCGAGCAUCGUGAAGUUUUGGAGACCGCCCAUGAAAGUGCUCAGGAUUUCCGGUCUUUUAGCUUCUCAUUUGCAGCAUCAGCUGUGACAUGCGAGGUAGAAGCGGAGCUUAUCCCUAGGGAAUAUGUGGAAGUCGAAGAAGAGCCAGUUCGCUUCGAAGAUGCUAUAGAGGAGCUCGAAGUUGAACCUUGUACUGUUUUUCAUGCAUGUCAAGAUGACUUGAAUGUGGAUAACAUUGAGUCCAUGCCCACUUUGUCUAGUCCUGAAGUUGGGGUGAACUUGAAUGAGCGCGUGUCUUCCUUCUUAAUGUUGAACUUGGCAACAGAAGAAGGUUUCGUUAUGGACGAGUGCCCGACUCUGAAUUCAGUUUUUAGUAGCUUCGAUUUGACCCUCUUGGCCUCAGAAUCAGUAGGCUCUGCUGUUUUGGCAGAGACAUCGGAAGAAGACACCCGUAUAAAUCAGUAUGCACCUCAUGUUCCGCCACUGUCAAUGCUUGGAGAAGUUGGCAAUAUCGAUGAAACAAUAGAGCCCGAUCCGUUCUACAGGAUGUACAUCGAGCGCAUGGGAUGGUUCGAUAUCCUCAAUUAUGAAAGGACCUGCGGAAUCAGUGCAAUGCUGCAAAAGGAACUGGGGACUGCUGGUUCACCAUUGAGCAGCAUUGAGUCGGCCAAUUUCACCAUCCCUCAAUUCUCACUAACCAAACUCUCGAAGCAGAGACUCCUGGGAAGCUUACAAGGUGACUUCGAGCUGGUCUAUGUGGCUCAAGCAUGUUUGUCAUGGGAGGCUCUCAAUUACCAGUACCAAAAGGUGCAAGACCUUAUUCUCUCUCCAGCCUCGUCUCUCCAAUCUGCCUCAAUCUUUCACCACAAUCUGGUGGGUGAAUUCCAAAAGUUCCAAGUCCUGUUGCAAAGAUUUUUGGAAGAUGAGAGGUGCGAAGGGAAGAGAUACCAGAAAUAUGUCCAAGCAAGGUUUUCUCUCAAGAGUCUCCUCCAAGUCCCUGAAUUAACAGGAGGAACUAGGGUGGGAACCGAAGAAGCAGACAUGGACCUGAAAGAAGUUGCCAAGGCCAUAGAGAAGUGCAUAAGGGCCUUCUAUAUUUUCAUCAAGACUGAUCAAGAAAAUGAUAAGACUUGGUGGAAGCUCAAGAACUCCUUGUGGAGCUAUUCACCUGUUGAAGACCCUAGAGAUCUUCAACUUCUUGCUGAUCUAAAUCAGACACACCGCAAGAAGACACUAUGGUUGAAGGAUUUGCAAGGGAAGAAGAGAUGUUGGUUGAAGAAGAGAACGAAGAUCGGCCCUCUUGAAGCGUCUCAAAGGAAAGAAAUUUUGCUCACGCUCGUUGACUUGAGCCUCGUUUCUAGAGUCCUCCACAUGUCCACGAUCUCCUCUUCUCAACUCAACUGGUGCCAAACGAAGCUCGACAACAUCUCGUUCAGAGAAGGCAGGCUCAUUAGGUCACCCACAUGUCAUUUAUUCCCAGUUUCCUGAUGAAAGAUGCCUCUCUAAGUUGACUUUCAGUUCUAAGGAUUUCCUUUUUCACUUUUACUAGAAAAAGGGAAUUCCGUUUUCUUCAUGCAUGUUUUCUUUUCUUUUGGAAUCACAUGCACGGUCUGCAAGUGUGUGAAUGCAUGUUUUGCUUUUUUACAACUACAUGCAGUUCGGCUACAUCCGGUGAAGGCAAGAUUCGGUAGCUUGUACAAUAUAACAUAUGGCAUGCAGAUUAAAUGAAAUUAUCGUUCAUGUCA